AUGAUAAAGCCAAGAAUGUGUCAUUUAAGCUAUAAGCCAAUCGAAUCAUUGAAAUCUAGAACAUUAGAUUUUGAUUUAUUCGAAUUAGAGAAGAUCAAUUUUUCAGUUAAAAUGAUGCAAAUGGCUGAAAAAUUUAACAAAGAAUAAGAAAUUAGUACUCCAACUUUUAAAACUCAAAAGAAUUAAACUUAGAGUGCUGUGAAAGAAAUUGCCAACUAUGUUCAACCCAAAACCAAUAACAAACUUAUUAGAUCAAAAAGAAAUCCUCAAGUUAUAGGGAAGGCAUCAUUAAAGAACCCCUAAAUUUGA